GGGCGCGCUUAGCCAGGGCCAGGUGCGGGAGGAGCCGCUUCCCGCGGCUUGGGAUGCGCACCCACCUGGCUCCGGGCUCCCCAAAAACGGGCCUGAAACAAGCUCGAGUGGCCGCAGCGGGAUGCGAGGGGCCGGGCCGGGCCGGGCGGUCUCGCAGGUGGGCGCGGUGCCUCAUUAGCGGCCCCUCAUUAGCGGCCCCUCAUUAGCGGCGGCCGCGCGCCCGGCACCUCGCGCCUCGCCCGCGUCUCCGCGCUCGCCUCAGCCGCCCCGGCCGGGAAGAUGCACAAAGGCUCCAAGAAGUACUUCGGGCAGAAGUCCUUCAGCGAGGUGGCCAUGGACGAGUACCUGGGCAGCCUGGGGCUGUACCGCAAGAUGACGGCCAAGGACGCCUCCUGCCUCUUCCGAGCCGUGUCGGAGCAGCUGUUUACAUCUCAAAUUCAUCACGCAGAAGUUAGGAAAGCUUGCGUCUCGUUUAUGAGGCAGCACCAAUCGAGGUUUGAAUCCUAUGUGGAAGGCUCGUUUGAGAAAUAUCUAGAACGACUAGGAGAUCCAAAGGAAAGUGCUGGCCAGAUGGAAAUAAGCGCUUUAUCAAUGAUGUACAAGCGAGACUUCAUUGUGUACCGGUACCCCGGGAAGCCACCCACACGUGCUACAGACAAUGGCUUUGGAGACAAGAUUUUACUGUGUUGUUCCGGUAGCGGCCAUUAUGACUCUGUGUAUACAAAACAAUUUCAGGAAAAUGCUGCUAUUUGCCAGGCUGUAUUAUAUGAGAUCCUCUACAAAGAUGUGUUUGGCAUGGAUGAGGAAGAAUUAAGGUCUGCAGUUGAGGUGUUUCGAAGUGGAUCCAAGAAGAACAGAAAUAGUGCUCCUGUAGGAAGUGAGGAUGCAAACUUUGGUUGUCUCCAUGAAAAAGUGCCCAGAAAUCCAUCAGAAAAGAGACUGGGCGACUGGGAAGGCAAUGAUACUGACAAUCCACAGGAAACCAAGUUCAAACAAGGCAUUGAAGAGCAAAAGCCUCCAGAAAAUCCUCCAAAGAUGCCUGUUCCUUAUAAAGUGCUAAAGGCACUGGACUCUACCAUCUAUCGAAAUGUGGAGUUUGAUGUUUGGCUGGACAGUAGAAAAGAGCUUCAAAAAACUGACUACAUGGUGUUUGCUGGGAGACAGUACUAUUUAGGAGAUAAGUGUCAGGUGUGUCUGGAACCAGGAGAGAAGUAUUACAAUGCUCACAUCCAGGAAGUCGGACAGGAUAGCAACACAUUGACUGUGUUUGUUGAGGAGCUGGCAGAAAAGCACACAGUUCCUUUGGCAAACUUAAAGCCAGUGUCACAAGUGGCUCCUGUCCUUGCUUGGAAUAUGGCUCACAACAGAAGAGGAGGAGUUUAUCAGAAAGUAACAGGAGGACACUUCUCAGGAAUAGAAAUGGAUAUGAAAACACGGAAGAGGAUGCUCAAGAAAGUCCGUGGGAAGGAAGUGUUCAUGGCUGUGGCUUACAGCAGGGGACAGCCGGUGCUGCCACCCCGGCUGCAGCACAGCGCUCCCUCGGGGCGCUUCCCUCCCAUCCACUGCUCCCAGGGAGGGGCAGGCAUGGCACCCUACAAACCCUAUCACCAGCAGAACCCUCCCAGGCAGCACCGGGACUCCGGGAUGCCGAGCUCGUACAGCCGCAGCCGCCGCCCGCUGCCCUGUGUGAACAAGGAGUGCCAGUACGGCUUCGUGGCCGGGGCUGCAGAGGAGCCCCGCGGGCCAGAAGAAACUGUAACUCUCUGUGAAAUUGAGGGAGAUGACACUGCUUUUCCUGCUCUGCCUGUGAGUUAUGAACAAAGGAGCAACCAUAGCCCUGCUCCCAUUGUCCAUGGUCCAGGAGCAUUUUGGGUAGCAAGAAGUCCAAACUCUGUUCCAUCUAACAAGCAGACCCUGAGUGCCUUAGAGGAAGAGGAAGAAACAAGUGAAAAUGGGAAAUUUCAUGAGGAAUAUAUAUAUGUGCCUUCAGAUCCCAGCUGUGAAACUGCAACAGUGUUUAGUUCAGCAGAACCUACAGCAAACUUGGUGUUGGUGAACUCUGCAACAGUUUCCACCUCCACAGAUGUUUACAAUGCUCCAGCUACAGGUCUCUCUUCAAAUUCUGCUGCCUCCACUCCAGCCAGUGUCAUAACAGCACCUCCCCCACAAACAGCAGUGCAGCCUGUCAUAGUAUCUCCCUUUUCUGUGGGGAGGCCAGCAGUUUCUUCAGUGCCAUUCCCAAUUUAUUCAGCUCCUCUUCCCCCCGUGAGUGAGGUGGGAGAAGCCAGUGCUGUUCUUCCAGCUUACUCUUGUGAUCCCAGCGGCAGUGAUUUACCUCGAGAUACAAAGGUUUUGCGGUAUUAUUUUAAUAUGGGAUUGCAAUAUUGCCAUCAGAGCUGCUGGCCUUCCAUGAUGUACGUGCAGCCAGUGCUGCCUCCCUCUCCAGUGGAAGUUUACCCAGCAUAUGCUGAGCCAGCUCCUGUCCUGGAUCAGUCAGUGCCUCAGCUCUUCCCUGAUGCUGGGCAAGCUGAGGUCCACCAGGUUCCCUUGGAGGCAUCAGCAAAUGGUAACUUCCAAAGCACAGAGCCUCCACCCCUGUCCUAUGGGCCGGUGUAUUACCCAGUGGUGUCAGACCCCUUCAGCCAGCAGCAUCUGCCUGGCUUUGACUCUGUGGUUCCUGCCUACCGCUACAUUGGGACCUGGCAUCCAGUAAAUCCUCCCCAUGGAAAUUCCCCACCUGUGGCUAAGGCUGGGAGCUCAGGAGCACUGCCCCAGGUGGGCUACAUAGCCUCCCCUAACCCUGCACCUCCUGAUGCACCUCAGGGAAUGUAAAUCUGGGAGCUGGAGGCUCCUUCUUGGCUUCCCAUUUCUUGUUUGCCAGCUCUUGUUAAAUACUGUUCUGUAAGUGUUAUCCUCUCUUGGAGAGUUGAGUCAGUUGCUCAAACUGUGUUCAAAUUUCAUGUUUCUCUUUAGGUUUCUGCUACUGAUAGAUGACAAGAUGUUGCUUUAGUUGAUUAGGAAAGCAUAGGAGAGAAGUACUGUAGUGCAGGGAGCAGCUUGGAUGUGAGUAGAGGACGUUUGUGAAAAAGCAUGCUGUGACUAAAGGCAUGUUGUGUAUCUCUGGGGGCUUGCACUGAACACUUAAACACCUGGUUCUUGCUGAAGCACUGAACCACUGCCAUCACAACUCAGGUAAACACUGGGCACAGGGUCAUUAGAGGGGGAUAAUGUUUAAAAUAAGUCGAGUUUCUCAGGUUUUGCAAAACAAAGCUGCUUUGCCUCUAGUGGUCACAUAUUUGUAAUAGCUGUAUUUCUUCUGUCUGACUUUAUGGUGUGGAAGUUUCAUGGCUGUGGAAAGUGUAAGAAUAAUGUUUUGAUCUGUUGUAUAUUGUUGUAUAUUUGUAAGAUUUGUCUUGUGAAAGCUUUUGCACAUACGGUGGUGGCUGUGGUGGUAAAGUUGCACUGACAACACAAAAUAAAAGCAUUGAACACCUGAAAA